CAUUCCCCUGAUAUUAUGACUGUAUUCUGGUUGUGACGUUAUUCUUGUAGUAAAAAAAAAAAAUAAGACUAAUAAUCUGUCAUAGAGUUUACCUGAAUUCAAAGUCCAAAUAAAUAUAAGAUGGGAUAAAUAAAUAAAUAAAUAUAGACAUAUAAAACGUGAAAUUUAUUCUCUCAUGUCUGGAUUUUAAGCAGUUCUUUCAUUUAUUUAUUUUUUAAACACUGGUCGUUAUUAAGACUCACUUAGGGAUCAUUUGAGAUUAUCUGUAAUUUACUUUGCAAUGGAUUUCUUCUUUAUCAUAACACUGUAAUCUCACCAUCUUUCGAUUCAGUGACUGUCCAUGGAAACCACGCUGAGAAGGAUGCUGAGGAAGAACUGAAGCGAAUAAAUCUAGAGAUGGAUGCUGAUAGGCUCGUGGAGAUGAAAUGUGCAGAGACUGAUAGGGAAGCUCUUAAAUCUGCUUUGCAGGCUGCAGUGGUGGCUGCCUACAGCAGUCACAGCAAGCUGCACACAGAUGCAUGUCCUGCUCAGGAUGGAGAGGUGGAGUAUGUGACCAAGUCUGAAAUGAAGGAAGUUCUCACAGUGUGUGAGAAUGCAGUCAGGGAGGGGAUCCUCACCGAGGUGGGGAGUUCGUUUUUUUCCCUCAUCAUCGACCGUGUUGUGAAACUGGGAGACAAAGAAUACCUUCCGAUCUUCAUUAGGUUUGUUGACAGUUUUGAUGUCAUGCGCUUAGAGUUGGUAGGAUUUCUUGAGGCAGAUCUGGAAUGUGACGUCAUGGUGCAAAGUCUUCUGCAAAAAAUAACUGUGGACUGGCACCUGGAUUUAGGUAACUGCAGAGGUCAAGCUUACCUUGGCUCUGGUGAUGUUUCCUACAAGCUCAAAGCCUUUGCCUGCAAAGUGCAGGAGAAGUAUCCGCUCGCUAUCAGCACACAUUGUUCUGCUUAUUCGUUCAACACAUGGUGGUCUAAAUCAAUCCCAGUGCCUGCUGUUAAAAGAGCCCUGGAUACAUUUGAAGAAAUCUUGACAUUUUUUGGGAGCAGUGCUGCUCUAGAGAAACAACUUGACCAUGUGAUAGCAUAUGGCCUGAGAGAGAGCUACGAAAAGGUCCAAGAGUUACAGGGGAAGUUCUGCACUGUUUGGCAGGAGAAGCAUGACUCUUAUGAGGUGUUUGUGCAGAUGCUUGAGCCCCUAAGCGAAUGUCUGGAGAAGAUCAAGAACAACCCACAGAGAUGGAAGCUCUCUGUUUCUGAACAAGCCGCAGUCCAUCUGCGCAAAGUCAUGGAGUUUGAUUUCAUAAUUUCCAUGGUGGUCUUGAAGAAUGCUUCCUCCUUCACCAGAGAGCUCAGCGCAGGUAUCCAGAAGGAUCAGUUCAGUGCGGCAUCCCAGCUUUGCCAAAUCAGUGGUAUCGUGGCCACUCUGAACAGAGUGAAAACCAAUAUGAAGUUGUUCCACCAGAACUGGUUUGAUGAGGCUUGUGCGAUAGCACAGAGCCUUAGAGUACAGAUCGAAGUGCCUGACAACUCUCUUCCAAAAGAUGGCUUGAUAAAGCCAGCCACAUAUUACAAAGACUGCCUGAGUGUGCCCCUCGUAGAUAACCUCAUCAAUGCCGUAAAGGAUCAUUUUUCAGAUGACCACAAAGAAGCUCUGAACUUCCUCUCCCUUGUUCCCUGCUCAGUCACAGUGAGCUACAUGUUCGAGAGCCUGAAGUCAAAGCCGCCUCUCUAUAGCAGCGACCUCCCUGAUGCAGACAACUUCUUCACAGAGCUCUGUUGUUGGAGAGUAACAUGGAAGACUAAGGUGGCAUCCGUGACUAUCCCGAGCUCCAUAUUUCACACGUUACGCCUGCCGCUCAUGCAGUACUUUGGGAACAUCAAUACCUUGCUGAGGAUCAUGUCUGUCCUUCCCAGCACCACGCUAGAGGACUGUGGUGUUGUAAUGCGCCACAAGAAAUUCCAGGACUACUUGAGAAGCACGUAUCCCAAAGACAGGUCUGUGUGUUUGGCUAUGCUCUACGUCAGCACAGACUUCAGCAGGGACCUGGACCGUAUGGUCAGCCAGUGUUUGAAGGUUACGCCACAAGCGUUGGAGGGCAUCUGUUUGGACAAGGAAUCAAAGAGUCUCAUCAAGAACUCUGAAAAUAACAUGGAAGUUGACAUGGUCAAGGACGAAGUUGGGGAGCUCAGUAUUCAGCAGUCUCCUGAGAAGUUGCAGAUCCAAGAAAUGAAAGCCACGGAUGAGAAUGGGCUCACAGGAGACAACCGUCAGAGCCUGGCUACAGUUUUUAGGCUGGCAGCACUCCUGGGGAAAAAGAAACGCAGUCUCUGUGAGCUCUCUGAGGAAGACCGAGAACCUCUUGUUCAGGAGCUGAAGUUGUGCCACUGGUUUGGAAGUGAAGGCAAAAGCAUACCAUGGAUUAGUGAUGACGAAAUGGAGAACCUCCUCAUAAACGGAAUCAGAGAUGUCAUACUAAAAGAAAUACAGGAGUCUCCAUUUUUCUCCCUGAUCACUGAUAAACCUGUUAAAGUUACUAACAAAACCUACCUACCUGUUUUCACUCGUUUCGUUGGCGAAUCUACUCCAAAAGUGGAACUGAUUGGAUUCUUACCAUUUAAUGAAAAUGGCGACGUUGACAGGCAAGCAAGUAACCUUGCAAAGAUUCUUACUGAAGACUGGGGCUUGCCCAUGUCGAAGUGCCGAGGCCAAGCAUUCAUGCAUUUAGGUCCAGGUUAUCAAAGCCUGAAGAAGAUGUCUCUAGAUUUCCUCAACAACUAUCCGCUCUGUAUUGUUACGCCCAGUGAGUCUUGCGGUCUCGCUCAUUGGUUGGCCAGUAGUGUGCCUUGUCCUUCUGUGGCAAAAAUGCUGGACAUCACAGAAGACCUGCUGCUGUUCUUCGACCAAUCUCCUGAUCUAGAGGAACAGUUGGCAGAGGCUGUUGAUGGGCUUUUAAACAUGCCAAGAGAGGCUUUAGAGGAAAUUCCAGAAACUUGCUGCUCAAGGUGGAAAAAACGGGAGGACUUUUUUGAUAUCCUUGCUGAUACAUUAGAGGGCGUACUCAGCUGCUUGGAUGCUGUUAGCUCUAGUGCCACAGGCGCCAAGUCGAUGCAUGCUCAGGUUCUGUCUGCUGCUCUGAGGAACAUGGAUUUCAUUGUCACUCUUGUGAUUUUGAAGAACGCCUGUGCACCUCUUCGUAACUGCAGCACCGUUUUCCGCUGCGGAAACCCUGCUGACAUCCUUUGCGAGGUGGAAAAAAUCCCUUCCAUCAUAGCAACUCUUGAGAAAAUGUUAAAAAAUGUGAGCUCUGUGCACACCACUUGGUUUGAACAGGCAUUCCAGUUAGCGACCAAGGUGGCUCCUGAACAAGUGUGCUUCUCAGAGGAAGUUAAUAGCUAUGAUUCCCCAGAGAUUUACUAUGUAGAAAACCUGAGUAUUCCACUACUCCAUAAUCUGAUCGAGGAGAUGAAGUAUUGCUUCUCAGAAAACCAUUUAAAGGCUCUGUCUGUCCUGUCACUGCUUCCUUCUUGCAAUCCACAACCCAUACUUUCAGAGGCCACAGACAAGCCUUUCAGCCUUUACCUUGCAGAUCUUCCUGAGCCUGACAUGGCUGAGCACGAAAUUAACGCUUGGGCUGCCGUCUGGAGAGAGAAAUACCAAGAUAGUGCUCUUCCAACAUCUAUCGCUGAAGCACUUGUUCAUCCAGAGUCCAAAAGCCACCCAACCGUUACCUUACUGCUCAGACUGGUUGCUGUGUUGCCGAGUGUCAGUAUGGAGUGUGACCUGAUGAAGACCACUCUGAACUCAAUGAGGGAUCUAUUUAAAAACACAACAUGCAGAGGCAGCCGGAUCAGUCAAGUGAUGCUUUUGUUGCACUCCACGACACUGCAGAGACUCCCAGAAGUCAUUGAGAUGUGCAUGGAGGUUGAUCCAGAGAGCACUCCAUGUCUGUCCCAGGUCAUGAAAGUUCUCCAAAGACUGAAGUUGGACAGAAGGGACCUCGAUGUGAAAUCAGCAGAAUCCCAGGAAUCGAGUGUUGCAGAGAAACCUGCAGAUGAAGAGGUGAAAGCACCAGAUAGGGGAAUGACUCAAAAGGUAGCUGAAGGACCUAGAACGGCGGUGUCUUUCUACGAGCCGCAGCUACGUGAACAAAUCUUAAAGGAACUCUGGGACUCUCAGUUCUUCACGGUCAUAACUGAGCAAGUGAUUGAAAUUGAUGGUGAGCUCUAUAUCCCAUUGUGCAUCAGGUACUUAAACAAAGAGGACAUCCAGUGUGAGGAAACACUGGCUUUCAUCCCUUUCACCGAGGACUCUGAUGUCCUUUCCGAGGCCAUAGAAACUGCCCUGUCUGAGAAGUGGGGACUCAACAUGGAGUAUUGCAGAGGACAGGCCUCACUAAGUGUUGGUGAAGCAGGAGCUCAGAUGAGGGCUGUAAGUUUAGCCAUUGCAACAAAAUACCCUCAGGCUAUUAGAACAGUUAGCUCUGCUCUGUCCCUCAAUGUUUGGCUGGCGAGAUCCUCCCCUGCUGAAGAAGCAGCCAAUGGAUCCGUCCUCAUGGAUAAAUUAUUACACUGGCUCACAGAGGAUGUAGAACGCCAGAACAUGCUGGAAGACAUGAUCAUGUUGACGUUCCAGCAGGAUGAGGCAAAGGCCUGUGAGCUGAGAGACAAACUCAUCAAGAACUGGGAGAAGAGUCAUGAUAUGCAUGAGGUUAUGGUAGAAAUUUUGGAAGCAGCUAUGCUCUGCCUGAAUGAGCUGAAAGGAGAGGGAAGUACUUCAGACCAGCAACAAGCGUCACAUUUUUUUGACGCGAUCAGAAACUUUGAGUUUAUCUUUUCAACUGUGGUGCUGAAGAAUGCCCUGAGCUUAACUAAAAAGCUAAGUCAGUCUCUUCAAGGUAAACCUUUAGAUAUGUUGCUUGCUGUGAAUACCUUGCCUGAUCUCAAAGCGUCCCUUGGUAAGCUGAAGAGCGAGAUUGACGUCCAUCACAAGUCCUGGUUUGAGGAAACGGUCUCCUUGGCUUCUAAGCUAAACGUUCAGAUGCUGCAUUCAGUUCUUCUAGAGCCGCUGAGUGACUUUUACAAAGAAUCUGUCAGCGUGAAAGUCGUGGAGCACUCGAUAGCAGAAAUUGACGACCUCUUCACAGACAAGGUACUGGAUACUUUAAGAUGCCUGGAGAUUGUGCCUUAUGCAAUGUUCAAAGUGGAAACCAGCAUUCUUAGUGGUCUUGUGUUUCGCCUGUACAAGGAGGACUUGCCAGACCAGUCCUCUCUUCACUCUGAGAUGAAGGCGUGGAAGGAGAAAUGGUUGGAUCCUCUGGCAGGUUACCUUCCAGCCACUGUGCUCGAUACGCUCAAGACAUCACAGAUCAGAAGUUUUAGUAAUAUUGAAACGCUCCUCAGACUUCAGGUCAUUUUGCCAUUUUCGCGACGGGAGAGCAACUUCAGGCAGGGGAAAAGGAGUCUGCAGGACUUCAUUCAGCAAGAGAAGAGAUCCCUCUCUGAGCUCCAUUCUCUGUAGGGGUUACAGGUCCUCUGGUUGAAGCUUUGAGUAGUGUGUUUGAGAGGAAGUGGACGUUCGUACCCCCCAACUAAAGGACUGUUUUAGCCUUCACGGACAAUUGUCCCUGUACAUUACUAAAUUUUUGUUGGUUGUCAUCCUUCAAUCCUAUGCUCUGUUAUUUCCUUUCUUUCACUUUGUAGUUUGUACAGUUGUAUCUCCCAAUGGGACCAAUAUGAUGGAAAAACACAAAGCCCCAGUGAUGGUUCUCAGUGCUUGUGCCUUGAUGAGAAACUGAUUUUUAUCCCUUAUCAUGAAAUUGAGAUGGUCAGCAUUGUCCCAUUGGUUUUACUUGAGAAUCUUCUGCCCCCUCGACCCUCAUAAUCAGAAACGACACUGAGUUUAAUCACUUUUACCAACUUUUUAUUUUUUAAGACUCACUCUUAUAUUUCCUUGGCACAAAUAGAAACUGUUAGUUCUGUCAUGUCUCUGAUUAUUUUCUGUGUUUGCCAUCUCCUUGCGAGAAUGACUUUGCUGUAAACGUAUCUUUGAGAAUAAUGUUUCCUUUAUAGGAAAAUCUUCAUAUAUAUUUGUCAAAAAACAAUAAUAAAAUGAUCCAAAAAGA